UGAUGUAAAAACACAGAAACUUUUUUUUUUUUUGUCUUUGGAGCUGAUCUGAUUUUCUGGAUCUGGGUCCCGGAGCCUGAAACGGAUCAAACCAGACGUUUUUUAGGAUUUAAAGUGACCGAUCGGCCAUGAUCCUGUGAGCCCCUGCUGCCGGAGAGAAACCCGGACCGAACGGAACCGAACCGAGGGGGGAGAAGUUCUGCAGCCGCUGCGUUGGACCCGGAGAGAAAGUGCGUAAAACAGAGAUGUAGCGACUGUGCUGGUGUGACCGUUGGACCAUCAUGCACCUCAUCCUGCUGCUGAUCCUUCAGCUUCCAGCAGCCGCCGGACAAAUCGAUCCAGAACAUUGUCGCUAUCCGCUGGGCUUGGAGGACGGACGGAUCAAAGAUGAGGACCUGACAGCAUCCAGCCAGUGGUACGACACCACCGGACCGCAGCACGCCAGGUUGAACUGUGAGGGAGGAGACGGCGCCUGGUGUCCUAAAGGACAGCUGGAGCCUUCAGACUCUCAGUACCUGCAGAUCGACCUGCGCAGACUCACCUUCCUGACGCUGAUCGGCACUCAGGGCCGCUACGCCAGAGGUCUGGGGAAGGAGUUCGCCCGGGAGUACGGUCUGAACUACAGCCGGGACGGACAGCUGUGGAAGACCUGGAGGAACCGGCUCGGAAAGGAGGUGCUGGAAGGCAACAAGAACACCUACGCCAUCUCAUCCAACGACCUGAAGCCCGCCAUCAUCGCCCGCUAUGUACGCGUCAUCCCCAUCACCAGAUCGCCCACCACCGUGUGCAUGAGGGUGGAGCUGUACGGCUGUUCCUGGGAAGAUGGUCUGACCUCCUACAGCGCUCCGGAGGGUCAGCUCAUGGCGCUGCCCAGCUACCCCCACGUCAGCCUCAACGACUCCACGUACGACGGAGUCCGCAAGAAAAGGAAGCUGCUGGGAGGCCUGGGUCAGCUGACGGACGGCGUGACGGGCCAGGACAACUUCCUGAUGACCCACCAGUACAACGUGUGGCCCGGAUACGACUACCUGGGCUGGAGGAACGACACGGCGGGGACUCAGGGACACGUGGAGAUGGAGUUUGGCUUCGACAGACUGAGAAACUUCACCUGCAUGAAGGUUCACAGCAACAACAUGUUCACCCGCGGGGUGAAGAUCUUCUCCUCGGUUUCCUGCUGGUUUAAGCCCUACCUCACGGCGAGCUGGGAGCCGGAGCCGGUGUCCUUCGCCACCAUUCUGGACGACAGGAACCCGAGCGCCCGCUACGUGACGGUGCCGCUGAACCGGCGCGCCGCCAGGUGGCUGCGCUGCCGCUUCUACUACGCCGACGUCUGGAUGAUGUUCAGCGAGAUCUCGUUUCAGUCCGAAGACAUCAUACUUCCAACACAACGGCCAAUAAUGGGGACCUCUGCUCCAGGUUACAGUGAAAGCACCAUGACCACGACACCAGAUGCCAAUAAUACGGCAGCUGCUCCGUCAGCCAGCAGCCAGUCGGAGGAAGGGAACACGCCCGUUCUCAUUGGCUGCCUGGUGACCAUCAUCCUCCUGCUGGUCAUCAUCAUCUUCCUCAUCCUGUGGUGCCAGUGCGUCUGCAAGGUGCUGGAGAAAGGUCCACGCCGGAUCCUGGACGAGGAGCUGACGGUCCGGCUGUCGUCCUGCAGCGACACCAUCGUUCUGCAGACCCCUCCGGUGCCUCCGCGGUCCAGGCAUCCUCCUACAGGCCCCACCAACUCUGAUCCCCACUACGAGAGAGUCUUCCUUUUGGACCCGCAGUACCAGAACCCGGCCGUGCUGAGAAACAAGCUGCCGGAGCUGUCGCAGAGCGCCGAGGCUUCAGCUUGUGGAGGCGGCUACGCCGAGCCAGACGUCACCCAGUGCACGCCGCACCAGUCGUUCAACAACAGCGCGCCGCACUACGCCGAGACGGACAUCGUGCGGCUGCAGGGCGUCACCGGCAGCAACAUGUACGCCGUGCCGGCCCUGACCGUGGACUCGCUCACCAGGAAGGACAUCUCCGCCGCCGAGUUCCCUCGCCAUCAGCUCAUCUUCAGGGAGAAGCUGGGGGAGGGGCAGUUCGGAGAGGUCCAUCUGUGCGAGGCGGAGGGACUCCCAGAGUUCCUCGGGGAAGGCUCCCCGCUUCCCGACAGAGACGGACGCUCGGUGCUGGUGGCGGUGAAACAGCUGAGGGCCGACGCCACGAGUCAGGCCAGGAACGACUUCCUGAAGGAGAUCAAGAUCAUGUCCCGCCUGGACGACCCCAACAUCAUCCGGCUGCUGUGUGUGUGCGUGUCGUCCGACCCGCUCUGCAUGGUGACCGAGUACAUGGAGAACGGAGACCUGAACAUGUUCCUGUCUCAGCGGGAGAUGGAGAGCACGCUGACCCACGCCAACAACAUCCCCUCCGUCAGUCUGUCGGACCUCCUCCACAUGGCGGUGCAGAUCUCCUCCGGGAUGACGUACCUGGCGUCUCUGAACUUCGUGCACCGGGACCUGGCCACCAGGAACUGCCUGCUGGACCGCCGCCUCACCAUCAAGAUCGCCGACUUCGGGAUGAGCCGGAACCUGUACAGCAGCGACUACUACCGCAUCCAGGGCCGCGCCGUGCUGCCCAUCCGCUGGAUGGCCUGGGAGAGCAUCCUGCUGGGAAAGUUCACCACUGCCAGUGACGUGUGGGCGUUCGGAGUGACGCUGUGGGAGAUCUUCACCCUCUGCAAGGAGCAGCCGUACAGCCUGCUGUCCGACGAGCAGGUCAUCGAGAACUCCGGAGAGUUCUUCCGGAACCAGGGCCGACAGAUCUUCCUGUACGCUCCUCCUCUCUGCCCGCCGUCUCUCUUUGAGCUGAUGAUGCGCUGCUGGAGCCGCGACAUCACGGACCGACCCGCCUUUGAGGGACUUUACCGAGCCCUGAGGCCCCACGUGAACCAGUGAGCGCCCCCGGCUCCAGGGGCCGCUGGGCCCCCCCCGUACGGCGACAGGCAGGAACACGAUGGACCGCUGCGGGAACCACUGGACAUUCCCGGUCCGAUCCGAGAGACGAGGCGGAGGGAGAAGGAACCUUUUGGGUCUGUGGUGAACAUCACGGCCUCGUCAGUCUCUCUAAGGCCCAGACGAACUUCUAUCUUCUCUUCUUUGUGCCAGAUGUCGCCUGAAACCGGAUUUUCUCGCCGUCUCCGGCUUCCUUGGAGGCCGGAAACUCGACGGACUUUCAGUCUUGGUAGUUUUUCUGUCUGUGUGGUUCUAGUCGUUGUUGUAAAGCACUGUCUGUGUGUCUCAGUUAUUGGUGUCCGUAGGUAAUAACCCACACUGGAGCUAAAGUCAAAGUGUAGCGGAGACUGUUCGUUUUUAAAGUUUUGUUGUUUUUGUUUUAUCGUAUUUUGACCUUGUUUUGGUCGUUUAUGCAGAAGAGAGUCCUGUCCGAGUUUAGGUUCCCGUCUUUGUGCCGGGACCGUGUUACAAACCCAGAUCUGCACCACAUCUGCUGCCAAAGAGAACCAAAGUGUCCAAAUAAUUAUUAUACAGCUCAAAAAAAUUAAAGUCCAAUAUCUUUUCACUCGUUUCAGGGAGCAAACUCACACUUUAUUUAGAGAAAAUGAAAACCAUGAAUUCAAUGUCUCAGAAAAAACAGAAUAUUGUAAAAAAAAAAGUUAAAUACUGGAAACGCAAAAAUCAACCAAUUACCCCAAAACACCUGCAAAGGUUUCCCGAGGCUUCCCGAGGCUUCCGAUGGUCUCAGUUUGGGUCAGGAGGCAACACCACGAUGAGGAAGACUGCUGACCGGACAUCGGUCCAGUAGACGGGUCACGGAUGUUCAGGGUUCUGUAUCCAAGCGUCUUAAUGGAAAGUUGAGUGGAAGGAAGAAGUGUGGUAGGAAAAGGUGCACUAGGGACGGAUCCUACAGACGGGCUUCAAGGUUCUGACCUGAGAGAAAGAACCCGACGGUUGCUCAGAAGUCCAAAGUCCUCUUUUCACAUGAAAGGGACAUUUUCAUUUCAUUUGAAAAUCAGGGUCCCAGAACCUGGGGGAAGAGUGGAGAGACCCAGAAUCCACAGUGCUGGAGGUCCAGUUUGAAGUUUCCAAAGUCGGUGAUGGUUUGGGGUGUUGGUUCUGGUCCACCAGGUUUAGGUGAUUGCAGAUUUCUACCAGGACAUUCUAGAGCACUUCCUGUUUCCUUCUGCUAGCAAGCUCUGCAGGAAUUGGUACCGCCCACACUGCCAAGGGUACCAAAAGCUGAUCCAGUGAACAUGGUGGUACUGUUCUGAUUGGCCCAAAAACUCCUCUGACCAGAACCCCAUAGAGAAUAUAUGGAGUGUUGUCCAGAGGAAGAUGAGAGACACCAGAACCAAUGACGCAUAUUAGAGCCAUCUGGGCUUCCAGAGCCUCUCAGCAGAACCACAGGCUGAUCUCCUCCAUGCCACGCCGCAUUGAUGCAGUGAUUCAUGAAAAAUGAGCCCAGACCCAGUACUGAGAGCAGAGAAAUGAACAGACCUCUCAGAAGUCUGACAUUUCUGUUUAAAAUAUAAAUUUUUUAUUGAUUUAUUCAAUAUUUAAAUUUUUCUGAGAUUCAGGUUUUUUUUUUAUCUGUAACGAAUAAAAGCUUGAAAUAUUUCACUCAAGCUGUAAUGAAUCUAAACGAGUUUCUCUUCCUGAAAUGAUGCUGAAUAUUGAACUUUUCCCUGAUGUGGUAAUCUGUUGCGCUGUGCUUUGAGGACUAAACCAAAUGUCUGAUGCAGAAAGGAAAUCCAGAGUUUAACCCUUCUGGGUCGGGUUCUGCAGCGGUACCGUAGAGAUCUCUGUUAGAUCAGUCCUCAUCAUCUCAAUUAGACGGACGGACACAAAAGAUUAAAGUGAAAACCUCCCUAAACACAAUUUAAAUCAGUGAAACAGGACGUAUUGGACUUCUGCUUCUCAUGAGGUUUAGGGAUUCGUACUGUCAUUGAACGCAUCGAUGAUGAAACAUUUAAAAGACUAUCGCUCUGAGAUUGAUGGGGACCGUUGCUGCUUUUCAACCAGCUGCAGAUGCAUCCGCCCUGCAAACCAAAAGGAUAAAUGAGGAGAAGUUGUGCGAGGAUGCAUUUCUGUUGCUGUUCUGACCCGGGCGGGGUCAAAUGGGAGCGGUCCCAUUUUACCUGGGCCGGGUCAUAUGGGAACAGUCCCAUCUGACCUGGGCCGGUUCAAAUGGGAUUGGUCCCAUUUUACCGGGCUCAGGUCAGACAGGGGCAGUCCCAUCUUGGGCUGGGUCAAAUGGGAGCGGUCGAAUCUAAUCUGGGCCGGUCCAAAUGGGAUUGGUCCCAUUUUACCUGGGCCGGGUCAAAUGGGAGCGGUCCCAUCUGACCCGGGCCGGUUCAAUUGGGAUUGGUCCCAUUUUACCCAGCCCAGGUCAGACGGGGGCGGUCCCAUCUUGGGCUGGGUAAAAUGGGAGCGGUCCCAUCUGAUCUGAACCGGAUAAGACGGGAGUGGUCCAAUAUUAUCUGGGCUGGGUCAGAUGGGAGCGUUCCCAGACGGAGAAGAAUCUGUUUAAAGAAGCAGAUCAGCUGGAAACGGGUGGAGAGUCAAAAUGUUCAAUCCUGUUAAAUGUCUGAUCCUGUGAUUAACUUUAAAGUCACAACAUCAAAAAAUCUAUAUUAAAGUUCUUAUUUUAUAACUAAA